AUGUCAGCGGUCGACGCGGCGUGGCAGCGCCUCAAGGCCGCCACCGCGCCCGCAGCCAUGGCGGGAAGCAGACUCUCCGCCGCCCCCCACUCCGCCGCUUUAGACGGUGCAGCCGCAAGAUCCGCGGAUCAUGCGGCGCAAGCGACGGCGGGAAAUCUGGGCGAGACGCCCCGCCCACCCGCUACCAGCGACGCGCGGGGGGAGAGGAGCGGCGGAGAGACGACAGGGAAGGCGGAAGGGGCGUUGGGGAGCGCAGAGGGAGGAGGGCCGGGGCAGGGAGAGGGUUGGGUGGACGGUGGGGCGCGGGAGGGCGGGAAUAUGGAGGUGGACGGGGACGAGGGGGAUGACCGAAGGAGUGAGGAGGGGAACAAGGAGGGGGACGCGGCAAGGGAAAAUGCCACCGCAGCUGCUGCAGCAGGUGCGGAGCGGGCGGCGGCAGCAGCGGCGGCGUUGAGAGCGACACAGGCAGCAGCGGGUGGAGCAGUGGUGGACGACUCCAAAGUGCAGGUGCGGGAGGUGGUGGACUUCGCAGGGGAGGCAGUGGAGGUGGUGAGGGUGCUGGACGCGCGCUCUAAAGAGGCUGCUGCUGCCAAGCGCAAGGCGGACAUGCAGGCGUCCACAUCGAAGGGGCUGGACGCCAUAUUGGCGCAGAUGGAGAAGAAGAAGAAGCUCAACAUCCUCGACAAGUCACGCAAGGACUGGAGCGAGUACAAGGAGGGCGCGGGUGUGGCAGAGGAGUUGGAGGAGUAUCGCAGGAGUGGCGCCACGUACACGGAGAAGAGGGCGUUUCUGGGGCAGCUGACCUGCGCGAUGACCAUGCCCGGGGGGAGUGGAGUGAGUGGGUGGAGAUGGUUGGAAGGGGGUGGAGUGCGGCCUGGGGUGGGGAGAGAGGCAAGUCAGGAGUGCCGCCUGACUGGUGCUCUGUGUGGUGAUAGCCCCUCUGUGGGAGAGCUGUAG